AUGUCGUUGCCGGAUCUGGUGAGCGGUGGUGCCGGGUGUGGCCCGGUGAAUCCGCUGCAGCAGCUGGGCAAGCGCUUUGGGCAGGACCGUGGGGCGCAGUUUGACUCGUUCGGCAAGGGCGUGCCUGGACGGCCGCCGGCGUUCCGUACGCAGGCGUCCGGUGCGUCGACGUCGGCCGGCGAUCCAGCGUUCUUUGCGCCGGAGCCUGCCGCGCCGUUUCAAGUCGACGAGCUGCGCGCCUCUCUGCCGCAUGUCGGUCCGCCGUGGCCGUCUGCGAUGGAGGCGUCGUUCUAUCGGCACCAGGUGCCGCGUGCAUCGACGGCGUCGUCGUCUUCUUCAGCGACGCCCGCCUGGGCCCAAGACUUUUUGCGCGCGUCUUCGUCGGCCCAGGGCGUAUCGGCGCCUGCAUCUUAUGGUGCGAUGCCGCGUAGCACGCCCCUGAGUGCGGGCCCGCUUCAUCACCGACCGUUUCCUGCGAUGCUGCGCAUGUCACCCGCGCCACCACCGCAGGCCGUGCCCCGUGCGCCUGAUGCACUCGAGUCGGUGAGCGCGUCGUCGUGGGAGUCGGCGUUCACGGCCGCAGACGCACAGCAGGGCGGCGCCACUGAGUCGCGACUAGAUGCGAUGAACGACGACGAACUGGCGCAGGCCGCUGAGCAUCUCUUGCAUGCCGUGCAGCACGACACGAGUGACAAGUUCCAGCAGAGCGAGUUUCUGCAGCUGAUGCGCAAGCUGCGUGACCGGUAUGCUGUGGUGCGCGGUGACUCGAUUGUGGACCAGGAUGCGAAGGGCAAGAGCAAGGCCCCGCCGACGCAGGCGGACCUAGAUGCGAUGCUGCAGCAUGCCGCGUCGCAGGCUGCUCGGCCCACCCAGCGCGGCGAGCAUGUACAGACGGCGGAUGCGCUCGCGGAUCUCGAGGCAUUCUGGCGCGAAGAGGACCAGGCGAAGGAGAAGCCGGCGCCGCCAGCAGCGUCGUUUGUCGGCGAUAGCGGCGAUGUGGCAGCGCGCAUGCGCGAAGACGACGACCUGUUUGCGCGUGAGUACCACAAGUGGACGUCUCUGGGCACCCAGGUGCCGGGUGCGACGGCCCAGUGGGAGGAGGACUGGCAUGGCUUUGCCGGGGACGAGGACUUUGUCGGCCGCGCCUGGCAGGGUCCAGCCGGCCACGGGGUGCGUGGGGCGCAGAAUGCCGAGUGGGCCAAGUUCCAGCGCGAAUGGGACGCGUUUGAUGCCGAGGCGGAUGGCGUGCGGCCUGUGAUGCAGAGCCGUGCGCAUGAGCCGUUCCCGUUUGAAGCGCCGCGGUACCGCUUCCACGAUGCGAAUCCGUGGGCCGCGCACCCUGCGCACCAUGCGACGCCGACGAUGCUCGACACGGUGCUCGAGCACGAAGCGGCCGUGCAAGCGCACCCCACGGACGCGAGCAAGUGGUAUCAUCUUGGGCUGCGGCAGCAGGAGAAUGAGCGCGAGACGCAGGCGAUCGCUGCGUUGCACGAGGCGCUGCAGCUCGAUCCGACGAUGAAAGACGCAUGGCUCGCGCUUGCUGUGAGCUAUACGAACGAGAACGAGCGCGAAGAGGCGCUCGAAGCACUGGAUCGCUGGAUCCACGUGCACACCAAGUACCACAGCGCGGUGCAGUCCUUCCUGUCGCAGCGGCGCCACCUGCCCGAGAUGUCGACGCACAAGCGCCUCGCGAAUGUGCUCAUGGCCAUGGCGCGCGCGAGUGCGCAGGAUCCGCAGCAGCCCAUCGAUGGGGACGUGCAGGUCGCGCUGGGCGUGCUCUUCAACUCGUCCGGCGAGUACGACAAGGCCGUCGACUGCUUCACGACCGCGCUGCAGGUGUCGCCCGACGACUGGAUCCUGUACAACCGCAUCGGCGCGACGCUCAGCAACUCGGGCCGCUCCGAAGAAAGUCUGCAGUACUACCAGGAGGCACUGCGUCUGCGCCCCGACUUUGCGCGCUGCCACUUUAACCUGAGCAUCUCCUGCCUGAACCUCAAAAUGUACACCGAAGCGGCCGAGCACGCCUACACAGCUCUCACGCUCCAGCAGGCCUCCGGCGACGACGUGCCCGGCCCGCCCAACCACAGUCUCUGGGAAAUCCUGCGCGUGUCGCUCGAGCUCAUGCGCCGCCCCGAUCUCGCGACGCUGUGCCUCGCCCGCGACCUGAACCAGAUCCACCUCGACCAGAUUGUAGGUACCAUAUAG